AUGUCGAGCAACCGAAGGAAUUAUGAAAGAGAGGAAGACAGGUUGUCGUAUCGUUCCCAGCGUGUAGAAAAGGAAGGUUUACCGCGGACGACGUAUAGAGAUACAAGGGAGAGAGAGAGAGAAAGAGGAGGAAGACAACGUGAGGGAGGACGAUUUCAAAGAGAAAAAAGUCCCGAAAGACAAAACGAUAGGUAUGCACGAACGCGGGAUUUCCAUCGAUCUCACAAUCGAGAUUGGGAUCGAGGAGGUGAGCGGCGACUUGAGCGUGAGCGUGAGCGCGAACGCGUUCCCGACGGUGAUCGGAUGUAUCGACGAGAGCGGUACGAUCGCUAUGAUCGGUACGACCGUGUAGAUAGACGGAGAGAAGAUGUUGAAGAACGGUUUCGAGGAGGUGAUCGAAGGGGAGAGCGAGAACGAGAGCGCGUGCGAGAACAAGGACAAAAGCAAGACUUAGGACGGGAAAAAGAAAAAGACUUGGACAAAAGAAAUGGGGAGCGACGAGAUUUCAAAUUUAGCGAUUCGGGAGAGGAACGCAUGCAAGCGGAAAUGAUCGCAAGGAGAAAGGGUCAACAAAAAGAAAAACCAACAGAUGAGACAAUCGAAGGAAUGGGGGCUAUGAGCUCUGGAAAUGGAAAUGGAAAAGAGCAAAACCUAAAGAAAGAAGAAGGAGGACGAGGAGAAGAAGAAGAAGAAGAAGUGAUUGUACAAGAGGAAUUGAACCCGAUGGAGGACAUGCAAAGUAUGAUGGGAUUUUCAGGAUUCGGGACGACGACAGGAAAGAAGCAUGGAGAUGUAGGAGACGUGUUUAAACAGAAAAAGGCAAAAUAUCGUCAAUACAUGAAUCGUCCUGGUGGAUUCAAUCGUCCUUUAGAACGGGAUUGA